GACGAAGAUGCAGGGCCAAGUUGUUCAUUUUCACCGCAAACUCUCUUAGCCGUUCCAAUUGCAGGAGAUCGUCGGGACUAUGGGGCUUCAACCUACGGAGACGUACCCAACCUGCAUAGCAUCAUCGCAUCGCUUCAUUACAGCACAGUACAGUACCGUACAGUAUCUCGGGACGAGUGAGCCAGUACCCGUGCUGCCAAACUGAACAAGCGUAGCUCCCGGUCCGCUGCCACUGCCACGGCCACGGCCACUGCCACCCAGCUCCUUCAUUCAGCCCAAAAAGCCCCGACGCCAGAACUCAAACUCCAGAUCGCCAGCGAACGAACCAGAACCUGCAUUCUGGGUUCGACGAACGCGAUCGCACAUUGCUCCACCCAACACCUCCACCUCGGGCUGAAUAAUACCUACCUCUCAACGCUUGCUUAAUCCCUAAUUCCACCUUUCCUCUUCCCAUAUCUGCCAUCUCAGCCAAGCACGGCAAUCCAGAAAAAGACCACCCGUACCCCCCGGGGCUUCGUCGCAAGCCCUAGGCACAAGUAGCAGACUCACUCACCACCCUCCAACAUGAGUUCAUUUGAGAAGUCGGUCAAGGGGGCGACCAAGAUCAAGGUGAGUUGGUAGCAUUCACGGUCUUGCUGGUUUGGCCUUCGGAUGGAUGCGAAUGCUAAUGCUCUUACUUUAUAGGCCGCCCCGCCAAAAUCAAAGUACGGAAACUGCCCCCCCAGACGUGCCAUUGAUCGAACCGGGACUAACUCGUAUAGAUAUAUCGAGCACAUACUGAUUGCAACACAUUCGGGAGAACAUGGAGUGGCGGAAGUCUUCAGGGCGUUACAGAAUCGAUUGCGCGACUCGACAUGGACAGUAGUAUCAAAGAGCUUGAUCACUGUCCAUUUGAUGAUCAGAGAGGGCUCGCCCGAUGUGACAUUGGCCUACCUGGCACGGCAUAGGAAUAUGCUGGCUAUAAGCAGUUUCUCAGAUGGUGGGUUCACCCGAAUCAUAGCUGUGUAAUGGCUCAGUCAUGACAGGCAAUUGGAUUGAGAAGUGCUAACAGAGCAUGGCUCAGUUCAAACCCAAGGGCGGAACAUCCGGCACUAUACCAAUUACCUGAGCGAACGAGCGAGAGCAUAUCGGGACACAAAAUGCGAUUACGUUCGAGGGGCAGAUGGAAGGUUAGAGAAGAUGUCAAUUGACAAAGGGCUCCUGAGAGAAACCGAGGUGGUUCAGAACCAGAUUACUGCCCUCCUCAAGUGUGAUGUGAGUGACAAAUGCUGGUUUGGUUCUAUUGGGAUAACUGCUAAAUAAAUAGGUUCUCGAAAAUGAAGCCGAAAACGAAAUUACCAUUACAAUCUUUCGGAUGCUCGUGUUGGAUCUUUUGGCCAUGUUCCACGUCAUGAACCAGGCCAUGAUAAAUAUGCUAGGUGAGCUUGUUUAUGGUAGAUUGAAAACUGACUACCACUAAACAUUUUUUUAGGGCACUUCUUUGAAAUGUCAAAACCAGAUGCGGAACGAGCUAUGGAAAUUUACAAGAAGUUUACAAAACAGACAGAUUUCGUAGUCCAAUAUCUAAGUGUUGCUCGACAGUACGAACACGCUACGAGGGUGGAGGUACCAAAGUUAAAGCAUGCACCCGUCAAUCUAGGAAAACAAUUAGAGGAUUAUCUGUUGGAUCCAGAUUUUGAAGUCAACAGAAGACAGUACAUAGCCGAACAAGAAGCCAGGAGAGGGAAGGUCACUACCAAUGGUGCUAGCAAAGUAUUGGCUACGAAAAGCGAAUCAGAAGCGAAAGCGGCAGCCGCACGCGCAUUUCCAGAUACCACAGCGGCAAAACCCGAACCUGCGAAAGCACCUGCUCCGGAUUUGAUUGACUUUUUUGAUUCAAUAGAGCAACCUAUGCAACCAAUGCCACAAAUUGCACCCCAACAAACUUCAUAUAAUCCAUUUAACAAUGUUGGAGCCACGCCUUUUCAAGCCCAACCACAACAACUCUCACAAAACGGCUUUGCUCAACCACAAAAUGGAUUCCAAAGUCCCCCGCAAUUCUCUCAACCAACCUUUAGCAACGGAUUUACCGGGAAUCAGCAACAACCUCAACCUCAACCACUUCAACCAAACUUCACUGGCGCUGGAUUUGGUGGAUAUACUCCGCAGCAGUCAUUUCAACCUGGAGCAUUGGGCUCCACUCCACAAGAAUCAUCUGCGUCUUUCGGACAGCCUCAACAGCUAGGUGCAAUGCAAACUGGUGGCGGAUUAGGUGCUCCACAAACCACCAACCCAUUCAGAAUUUCAAUGAUGAACACUCAGCCCACAGGAAUGUCAAAUCCGGGAUUUCCAAUGAGUCCUCCCGUCAGUUCGCCUAUAAAUCGUCAAAACACAAAUCCUUUUGCAAAAUCAACGUCACCUACCCCUAUACAGCAAUUUUCACCUAUACCGGAGCAUUUCACGCACCAGCCUCCUCCUGCUCUACAAGCGAUGGCUACAGGAACGAAUCCUUUUGCGAGAAAUAUGUCUAUGAGUACUGGUGCACAACGUCCACAAACCGCUGGUGGAUUAGUGCCCCAACCCACAGGAAGUACAAAUCCCUUCCGACAAAGUCAAUUUGUAAACCACGCAACGGGAGCAGGCUGGCAACAUAAUCAACAGCCUAUUGGUGGUGGGCUGGACCAACUUGAAACGGUCCCAGUAUUCCCUCGACCCGCGAAUGCACAAGCAUGGCAAUAAUGAGUGUGCAUUUUUGUAAAUAUGUUUUCCUGAUUUUGACGAUCUCAAAAGGAACUUUUUGAUGGGGAUUGAUAACAAGGCGUUACGAGAGAUAUUUUCCGUUUGUUCAUUUUUUUUUUUAACACUCUGGGGGGAAUGAGAAUGGAAUGCAUAGGUGGUAGGAAUGUAUGAUGGGUUACCGGGCCCUUGUGUGAGAUAGAUAUGGUGGGGAGAUUCGUUGAUAGAUACCGAAUCAGAGAAGGUGGGUGUUCUUGCCUGAUUCUAUUCAAUUCAAGGGGAUUUGAAUUUGAAUUCGAAUUGGAAUUUGGUUUACUUGAAUGUCAAUGUCAAUAGAUUGCUGG